AUGCGUUUCUCAAUUGCCGUUUCUACAGUUGCAUCUGUUGUGAGCUUGUCCAGUGGUGUUUUGGCUGCUGCUCCUCCAGCUUGUUUGUUGGCGUGUGUCGCACAGGUUUCGAAAAAAUCCAAAUGUGACGGACUAAACAACGUGAGCUGUUUGUGUGAAAACGACAACGGCAGCUUGAAGAGCUGUUUGAGUUCUGUCUGUCCCGACGGAGACGCCGACUCGGCUUAUUCCGCCUUCAAGGGGUCUUGUUCCGAACAAAACGCCUCGAUUGGCUCUGCUUCUAGUUCCGCUUCUAGCUCUGCUUCCAGUUCUGCUUCUAGCUCUGCUUCCAGUUCUGCUUCUAGCUCUGCUUCUAGCUCUGCUUCUAGCUCCGCUUCUAGCUCUGCCUCAAAGUCUGCUUCCACUUCUGCUUCCCCAUCUUCCAGCUCUGCUGCCAGCUCUUCUGCUCAAUCUUCCUCCUCCAGCUCUGCUGCUCCAUCCUCCAGCUCUGCUGCUCUAUCCUCCAGCUCUGCUGCUCCAUCCUCCAGCUCUGCUGCUCCAUCUUCCAGCUCUGCUGCCAGCUCUUCCGCUGCUUCUUCCGCCUCUUCUGCUGCUCCAUCUUCUUCCUCUGCUGCUCCAUCUUCCGCCUCCAUCUCCAUCCAAACUUCUUCUUCUUCCUCCUACUCCAUUUCAGUUCAAACCGGGGGUGCCAAUAUGUUGGAAGUUGGCUCUGGUCUAGCUGGUGGCUUGGUCAUCGCUGGUAUGCUUUUGUAA